UGAACUUUAGCGCCCUCUGUCGGACUACAAAUGAUUUCGCCAUCUUGAUCAGUCCGUACCAGACUUGAGGUGGCAAGUUACUCAAUCCAUCGUCAUCUUCCUCAUUUUGAUACCCUGUGGCAUACGCAGCCAUGAGUGGGGGAAUACCAUACUUAGGGAGUAAAAUAAGUCUCAUAUCGAAGGCUGGCAUUCGAUAUGAAGGCAUUUUGUAUACAAUCGAUCCCAAUGAAUCGACUGUUGCAUUGGCCAAAGUGAGGUCAUUUGGUACAGAAGAUAGACCAACUGACAGGCCAGUGGCUCCAAGAGAUGAGAUUUUUGAGUACAUCAUAUUUAGAGGUAGUGACAUCAAGGAUUUGCACGUAUGUGAACCACCAAAAGCAGCACAGCAGCAGCAGCACCAACAACCACCACAAGAUCCAGCCAUUGUAAAGUCCUCUCAGCCUGUGGCCCCUCCCCCCUCCUUUCAACAGCAACCAGCAGUUGCCCCAGGUUUUGGAGGACCAUCUUACCAGCCAUUUGGAGGCCCGCCGCUUUACAGUCAGUAUGGACAGGCACCAGGAAAUGCUCCCCAGCCUUUUCCCACACAGCCACACCAUGGGCAUGGUUCUCGUGGGCCUUCACCCACUCUUAAUCGAGUAUCCCCUACCAUGGACCAGGGUAUUCAGGUUGGCUCCCAGCCUGCUGCAAUGGGCGCUAUCAGAAGACCUGGUUCUCGGGGUCCAACCCCUCCACUGCAAAACAGGAAGUCUCCAACCCUCGACCAAAGUACCCAGCAUCCAAGUUCUAGUCCAGAUAAGUCUGAAAGACAACAGCAGCAAUCACAGAACUACCAUCAACAACAGCAAAAUUACAAUCAGGGUUUUCCGGAUCGGCGAGAGCAACGAAGAGGUGCACCAAAUCAAAGGCCUCCAUCAGCAUCCUAUUCCCGAGGAAGGGGGCAGAGUCGUGGGAGAGGUGUUCCUGGGGCAGGAGGAGGAGGAGCAGGAGUAGCUGAAAGAGGAGGCUUCAGUGACCGAGGUGGGCGCGAGGCAAGAGGAGUUGGCCCUAGAGGACCCAGAGGAGGAGGAGGCAGUAGACCACCGCGGGGAGGAGGCAGGCCGCAGUCAGGACGCCCAACAGAAUCUCCGCUCAAGUUUGAAGGAGAAUUUGACUUUGAAAGUUCAAAUGCUCAAUUUGACAAGGAAGAAAUUGAACGUGAACUAAAACAAAAACUUACAAUUUCUGAUAAAGUUCCGACAACAAAUGGUGAAAAAGAAGGAAGUAUAGAGAACGGAGGUGACAACUCCAGUACCAACAACCCUCCUGAGGAGGAAGAAGAUGACUUGUUUUACGACAAAGCUAAAUCCUUCUUUGAUAACAUUAGCUGUGAAGCAACAGAACGAGCAAAAGGGUCAACAAGAACUAGUUGGAGAGAAGAGCGAAAACUUAACGUAGAAACAUUUGGUGUGUCGGAUUAUCCUCGGAGAAAUUUCCGGGGUGGUCGAGGGUAUGGUAAUCGUGGAUAUCGUGGAGGUCGUGGUUUCUAUAGAGGCCCACCAAGGGGAGGUCCAAGAGGGGGAGGACGCUGGAAUAAUGGCCCACAAAGGGGAGGAGGAAGAAAUAGGAACCAAGGCUGGGUGGAUUAUAACUAUGACUAUGAGGCAGCAGGUAUCAACAGACCUAGAGAUGGAUCAGCAAAACAGAAAGUGCCAGCUCAAUCAUAGAUUGUCAUACUCAGUAUAAAGAACACCAUACACGCCAUCCUGCCAUGCGAGUGAGAAAUGUUGGACGAGAUGACGCCACAUAUCAUGCCGCCUAUCUACAGCCGUACACUUGGUAACAUACAGUGCUUGUUGAAGUAAUGGCAGCUUUGUUGGUCAACAGUACAAAUGGAGAGGGAAAAUUGGAUUUGAACAAAUAUUUAUGAUUUACUAGUCUGAAACACAGUUGAGUAAAGGUACAAUACAAGCGAGGAAGGCCCCUUUAGAUUUGUCCCAUUAUUUUUUUGUUUGCCCAUUUUGUAUUUAAUUUAUGGAUUUUGCCACCUGAAUAAGUUUUUAGUAAGUGUGGCGAAGUUGCCAAAGUGAUGCGUGUUAUAAGGUGGACAUUGCAAUGUGAGUCUGUUCACAGUGAAACAUGAGUUUGUGCUUUGUGAACCACUUGGAUUAGGUUCUGUGAACAAUGCAGAGGGAGGUACUUUGUGAUCAAUUCCGACAGACACAGGACAGAAGUCUGUGAUCAGGGUCUUGUCUAACAAUGUACUUCAAUUGUGUUCAUCAUAUUUGAUUUGUACUUCAAUGUGAUAUGAUUAAACUUUGACCUUGUAAAAACUCCACCCAAGAAUGAGGGCACAAACAUUGGAUUUCUCCAGCUUCAAAGGUUGUGAAGUUGGCAAAAUGUCCAAUAUUCUGUAGAAGGAGGUGAGAAAAGAAUUGUAUCGAGAUGCAAUAUUGCAUCUAUUGUAUAGAUUUUGAUUGAUGUACAAGUAUAAAGUCGACAUUGACUUGCACUCAACAGAUCAAGUUGAACUUGACUUUGUAGUGAUAAUACAGGUAGUUUGUUUGCACACUUGAUUCUUCUGUACACUAGGGGUUUAAAGAAAAUAUUGUACAACAGUCUUAUUAUUUGAAAACUGUUUUAGUGAGCUGCGCUUUAAUUUGUUAACAAAAAUGCUAAAAGCAAUCUGAUAUGUUUUCAAUUAAAAUGAAAUAUGAACAAGAUACUCCAAAGAUUUAUUGUCAGAAUAUGUUGCUGUGGAAACUAUAUUUUUGCUUAAUAGAAAGAUAAGGAUAGUGUAUUGUAUUUUAUUUUAACUAGAUCUUUGGAUUUUUGAAAUUUCAAAAAUAUUAUUUGGGGUUCAAUUAUGAUAUUCUUCAUAUUUUUAUUCUCAUAAAGUAGAUUUUUUAUUCUGAGUAAUCCAACUGUCCUAGCACUGCCGGGUUCCACACAUACUAAAUAAACUGUAUUUUCUGUUGUGUUUAUAUUGUGUAAAAUCAAAUCUUUAAAUUGAAACCUUAUCAAAGUCGCAUGUGCUUGAAAAUGACAUCUCGGUCAGGUACAGACUUUUGUGUUCCUGCCAAAUAAUUUGUAAUGUAACCUUGUUAGUCCCCACUUUUCUAGCCAUUGAUGUCUUGUGGUUGUUAUACAAAUGUGGAACGUUGUUUUAGCAAUCUCCAUGGCAUAGGUGAGUACAUAUGUAUGAUCUUUAUAGACUAUUAUUAGUUACUCUCCUAGGUUAACAGUGUUUUUCUUUCAAAUCCAGAAAACAAUUCCAGUUAUUCUUAAAUAAGGCUGCAACUUCAACCAAAAUAAAAAAUCUUUUUCAGUUUCAUAAUUUCAGUAUCAGAUUAAACUGCUGCAUGAUCUCAACAAAAGUGUGGUUCUUAGAGAAGUGUUAACCAUGACAAAUAAUAAAAGUAUCCUUUUUUGUCUUUACAAUUUGCAUCAAAGAAAUUGUUUGACUUCAUGUGCCAUCAUACUUUAUUUUUGUCAGAAUGAAGUAGGGUAGUCUUUACAAUCACAGGCAAUGUACAUUUUACAAAUAAUUAACAUGCAAAUCACCCAAAAAGUGCUAUAGUGCUGCUGUCUGAGAUUGGUGCCAGUUUAGGUCAGCAGACAUUUUUGCUGCUAUCAAUGGCUAGUAUUAUGCAAUAUUAGAUUCUAACCACAAACGGGACAUCAGAGAUCAAUGGUAAUAAAAUGAUGCAAUGCAAGUA